ACCAUAUAGUCACAUUUGAUUUAUUAACAUACACACACCCUAGUUAAGACGACUCUUCACUAGCCAGAGAAAUGAGUGGGGUAAGCAAUCUCGGCAAAGCUCUCACCGUUAUUUUCAUCUGCUCUCUCGUUGCCCUCUUUUCCGAACUCCUCUACGUUCUCUGGCGCCGCCGCAUCCUUUUCCGCCGCCACCGCGAUCCACCACAAACCUUCAACGUUGAACAAUCGCCUGAUUUAUUAUUAACUUCUAAUAUUUCAUCCAAAAAGGACCUUCUCUACUUCUUAUGUUUGAGAACUCAGUCCCGGGUCGAGCCGGACGGAUCAGCUCCGCCCCGGAGAUCAGAUGGGUCGGGAGAAGAUGAUGACGUGGAGAUUAUCGAUUUGUACAAGUUGAGAGAAAUGUACGGACCGUCUAGGGUUUUGUUUACGAUAAAAGAGGAGGACAAAGAAGAUUUGGAGUCGGAAAAGUCUACGACAAAGUCUAGAAAUUUGAGCCAGAGCUUUGGAGACGCCGGAGCUUCGCCGGAGUUUGUGGUGGCGAUUGAAGAAGGGAUUGAAGAGACUCCGUUUUCAACGCCCUGUGAUUCGCCUAUGUAUUUUACUCCGGCUGCUUCUCCGGUGCAUCAUGUUAUAACAGGAGCUAGUGGUGAUGAAACGACGUUGUAGUAGAACUGUAGAAGUCAUCUGUCAAGGUAGGUUGACUAAUGUGUUUUUUUCCUGCCGGAAGAUGGUGGUUUUUACCGGCGGUGAAGAAAGUUAAAAGUACUAGUAUCGUAUAGUGAUUUGUAGCGUGGACUACAUUAAUGAAAUCCGUGGUAGUACGUACAGUGUAUUUAAUUUCGCAUGCGAACCAAGAUUUGACGUUUUACCUUCUUAUCGGACUUUAAUAUUGCAUUGAAGUUUCUUCUGUUC